UCUUUUCAGACAACCUUUGAAGGUUACAUUCGGCAAUGGGAGAAAAGUUUGCUGCGUUUUUAUUCAGUCGGAACCAAAGUAUCAGGUGUUUGUUUCUCGCGCACCGACCUUGGUUGCUAAGUAACCCCCGUGGUGCUGCUGCGGCUGCUGCUUGAGGGAUGCUGAGAGUUUAGCCGCAGCAUCUCUUGAAAGCGGGCCGUGUGAGGUGUCCAGGUGAAACCGGAGGAUGGACGAAGGCACCGAGUUAUCCCUGAGCAUCGCCCAUAUCGUCCAGCGUCUCAAAGGAAGCCAUUUACACUCUCAGAUAGAGAGGCAAGCUAAAGACUGUUUACAUCGUCCUGAGAUAAAAUUGGAGUCGCUAAAGGAAGACGUGCGGAGUUUUCUGAAAACAUCAGGUUGGGAGAAAAAGCUGCAGAAUGCCAUCUACAGAGAACUUCACAUCCAGCUGCCUCCGAGCCAUCCCACGGCUCCGCUGGAGCAUCUUAAAGAGCCGCUGGCCUACAUGCGUAAAGCUCAGGCCAGCUGGGAGAAGCGCAUCCUGAAAAGCCUGAACAGCAUGAGCACGGAGCUCGGAGUGCCUCUGGCCCGUAAGAGGCCCGGAGCCGAGCAGAAGGAGCUCAUCAACAAGUGGAACGAGAUGGGCACGGAUGAACCAGGCUUAAAUCGCUUCAGGCCCGUUUAUGCACCCAAAGACUUUCUCGAGGUGUUGAUCAGUUUGCGGAACCCCAACCAUGACAGCUGCGAGGACGUCAGCGCCCGGAGCCACUGGGGGCUCAUUCAGGUUCCCCUCAACAUCCGAGAUAUUCCACAGCUGAGGCAGGCCUACACGGAGCUGAACCUGAGCUCCGGCCAGCUGGGGAUUGACGACCUCGCACACGUCCACCCAGACCUGUUUGAAAAUGACUAUGUUCAGAUCGGCAAAAAAGUUGUGGUGGAGCAGGACAGCGCGGCGGCCCAGCAGUACAGCAGGCGGGGCUGCCCCACCGGGCUCCGGGCGGCCCUGUGGGCCCUCAUCCUGAACUCCACCAACCAGCUGCAGGACAUGAUGCACUACGAACAGCUCAGGGCUGGAGUGAUCCAACACAACCUGCUGGUAGAUAACCUCAUCUACAAGGACGUCAAACUCACCGCCAGUAACGACGACUACUACUUUGUGUUUGAAGAUUUCCUCUAUCAGGUACUGUUGUGUUUCUCACGGGACACCGCCGUCCUGGAGCACUUCAAGUACAACAGCGCCACUCCGCCUAAAUCCUACCUACACGGGAAAGUGGGAGACGAAGAGUAUGCUGUCGUUUAUCCUCCAAACGGUGUUAUCCCCUUCCAUGGCUUUUCUAUGUAUGUGGCGCCCUUGUGUUUCUUGUACAACGAGCCGUCCAAACUCUACAGCGUCUUCCGGGAAAUGUACAUCCGCUACUUUUUUAGGCUGCACUCCAUCUCUUCUUCUUUCUCGGGCAUAGUGUCCCUGUGCCUGCAGUUUGAGAGGCUACUCCAAACCCACCUGCCUCAGCUCUUCUACCAUCUUCGACAGAUCGGUGCCCAGCCGCUGCGUAUUGCCUUUAAGUGGAUGGUCCGGGCCUUUUCUGGAUACCUUUCCACCGAUCAGCUGCUCCUUCUUUGGGAUCGAAUCCUCGGGUAUGACUCGCUGGAGGUGGUUGCAGUCCUUGCAGCUGCGGUGUUUGCCUUCCGCGCCGAGAACCUGAUGGAGGUGACAUCGCUGGCCUCGGCUGAGGCCGUCCUCGCCGACCUCUCGACUCUGAAGGUCAUACCGCUCAUCCAGAUCUUUCUUUUCGCCACCGCCAUCUGAACGACACGAAGACUCUGGGUGUUCCGGGCUCGGUUCUCGUUGCACAACAAUGAACACAAGCUGACUAUUGAAAAGUGACAUCAGGGGGCCACACCUCAUCUAGCUCAAGCAAAAGGCCAAACGUACAUUUAGCCCUAUUAAUAGUAUUUUCCCUUUAUGAUGGUAUUAGUUGUCAUACAGUAUGUAAUUUAAUCCUAAGGCCAAGCCAGCCUCAUUAAACUGGAGGGAAAGAUGAUCCUCGCGGCAGUUCCCUGAUCAGCUGAGGUGAAUUACAUGAAGCAGUAAUUGUGUUGCAACGGCAGCGUGCGUGGAGACGCAACGGCAGUGGCGUCUCCGUGCUUGCCUAAUGAAGUGUUAAUUAGUUCCUGCCAUUUAUGCAGCCCAGCGGCUCCUGCUUGUUAUUAUUAAACUGUUAGAUCCUUAUGUUACCGAUGAAUGAUUUGGCAUCUUAGUUUGCUCCAGCAUGAUGAGAGAAACCUGCAAAAAGCCAUGAACUGCAGUGCCAUCCACAAAUAAGUCUUGAAAUGAAUUCCUGUUUAAUUGCAGUGGCAUAAUCUCACAGCAUUUUUUUUUAAUUGCCUGCUGUUUAUACUGAGGAGCAUAGAGAGAGAGGAGGCUUUUAGACCAUUUGUUUUCAUGCAGUCUGUCUUGGUUGGGCCCUCUUUCAUCCUCAUUUAGUUCUGUAAUGCUAUAGGAGGUUUAUUUUUGUUUUAUAUGGUCUUGUUUUGACCAUAUCUGGAUUAUUAUUUUGCCUGAAAAAUCCAAUGUACCUUCCUUUGUACAUUCCCAGUUCCCAGUUGAGUCUACUAGGUUUUUUUUUUUUUAUGUUGCGUUUUUGGCAAGAUUUCCAAUGUCUUUGAAAGAGAAACAGGUCCAGAUCUUCACUCCUAAUAAACUGUGCUCAACAGCGGACA